AAAAAAACAGAUUUCCCUUUUUUCUUUCACUUCGUCGGAAAAUUCCAGCCAAUCUCGAAAAUCAACACACGAACAGCUGUUUCCGUAAUUCCGUAUCCUAUUUUUACUUUUCAUCCACCCAUUAUUUUAUUUUUUUAAUUCAUCGUCAUGAUCUCAUUGCAAAACAUAACCAGAAUCAAUGAAGCAAUUCUCACUAGAUUCUAUUUUCUCUGAGACGGUUAUCUCGUUUGCAAUCUGAAGAUCACUUUUCUCUCUUUGUGUUUCGUUAUGAUACUGCAAUCGCCGUUAUUGGCAUCGGAACAAAGAACCUCUCUGCCGACGAUGAGCAAACACGCGGAGAGGAGAAAAGUAGGAGAGGUAGCGGGGGGAGCGGCGGCGGAGUGUGCGGCGGUGUGGUGCUGCUGCCCUUGCGCGGUGGUGAACCUCGUCGUUCUCGCCGUGUACAGGGUUCCCGCGGCGGUUUGCAAGAAAGCGUGGAGACGAAGCAAACGGCGGCGUUUUAUGACGACGAAACGGCACGGUUUGCUUGCGGAAGGGAGUCAGAGCACCGUGCACGCUAGAUUGAAGGAGGAAGAUCCAACGGCUGAGAUUAUUGUUUUGGAAGAAAGUGCAGUGAAUGUGAAUGUGAAUGUGAAUGUGAAUGGGGAGUUAAACGACGUUACGGUGCUUGAGGGUGAAAUGUUGGAACGGUUUUACGGGACGGGGUUUUGGAGAAGCUUGUCAAAGCGGAACACGUGAUAACCAAUUCUUUGCAAAAAAUAAUACAGUAGCAAUUAAUUAUCUAAUUUGAUAAUAUAUAUGUGUAGCAAAUGUGGCUUUAGUUAUCAUGUGGGUGUGUGUGAAUGAAUAGAAGUAAGAGUUAUUAACACUCCUGAGCAGUUUUAUGUUUUUAUUUACAUUUCCAAGGCAGUUAAUGUUACUAGGGUAGUUUUUCAUAUGAAAAGUCUUUAUUUAUCUUUGAAAAAGAUAACUCCCCUUUAACUAUUGAAUUUGGCGCUGGU